AUGGCUCCGAAUAUUGACUCGGCGCUGGGGACGGCGGACAUGGCGAAUGAGCAGCGCGGCCUGCUCGAGCUCAUCGACAAGCUGCAGUUUGCCCAGCUCGACAAUGUCAAGCUACCCCAGAUCGUCGUUGUCGGCGACCAGUCGGCGGGAAAGAGUUCUGUCCUUGAGGCCAUCACUGGCACGCCAUUUCCCCGCGAUGCCGGCGCCUGCACACGCUUUGCGACCGAAAUUCGCCUGCGCAGGUCGGCCGAAGCAAGUCUGAAUGUUUCCAUCAUUCCCGACAAGAACAAGCCUUUCCGAGAUCAGGAACGACUAAAGCAAUUUGGCGGCGCCGUCGACACCGACAUGUCAUUUGAGUCUCUCAUGAGAUCUGCGGUGGAAAUGAUCGCGCCGAAGAACAUCCCGGGCAGAUUCGCCGCCCGCGAUAUUCUUGUGGUUGAGAAGAGAGGCCCGGAUAUGCCUCUACUUACACUCGUUGAUCUUCCCGGUCUCGUCAAGAACGCCAACAAUGACCAGUCGAUGGACGAUAUCAAGACCAUCGAAACCCUUUGUGACCGAUACAUGAAGAGCUCGCGCACCAUCAUCCUAGCUGUUGUUGGUGGUAAUACCGACUACGUCCAGGCGCCCAUUCUCACCAAGGCACGCCACUUCGACCCCUCUGGCAGCCGCACCAUCGGUGUCCUGACGAAACCCGACCUCUGCGAAUCGAUCGGUCUGGAAGACAAGUUCAUUGAGCUUGUUCAGAAUAGAGACAAGCAAAACUACUUCAAGCUUGGCUGGUAUGUCCUGCUGAACCCUGGGCCCCGCGAUCAGGGCCAGCCCUGGCCUUCAGCGCGCGAACGUCGCCAACGCGAGGAGGAGUUUUUCGGCCGCGGGAAAUGGCGUGCUCUCCCCAGCUCCAUGUGCGGUGCCAAUGCGCUCAAGCAAAAGCUCAGCGUUCAGCUGCAGCGCCACAUUGGCCGUCACGUCAAGACGCUUCGCAAGCAGAUCCAGAAGGCGCUUGACGACUGUGAUUCAGAGCUCAAGUCCAUGGGCACUGGUAAGGACACUGUUGAAGAGAUGCGCGUCGAGCUAGUUGAGCUCUUCUCCAGCUCCAAGGAAUUGGUCAUCCCCGCCGUGUACGGUUUCUACAAGAACCCUCCUCGCAAGAACUUCUUCCGGGCUACGGCCGACCCUCGCGGCACACCCGCUCAGAACCUGCGCGCCCGUGCCAUCGAGGAGAACGAGAAGUUCUCGCACCGCAUUCGACAAAACGGUCGCAAGUUCGGCUUCUCGUCGUCCACUGCCCCCGGCACCGCGGACGGUGUUACCAUUAGCGAGAGCAGCAAGAGGGAAUUUGUCGGCAGAGAAGUCGAGAUGCUCCUGCGCCAGAUUCGCGGUUCCGAAUUCCCCAUGGACCCCAAGCCCCGCGCUGUCUACAUGCUAUUCCAGAGCUACUCAGAGAACUGGCCGAAGCUCGCCCAAGAACACAAGGACAACCUUGGCGUGGUAUGCAAUGAAUUCCUCAGCGAGGUCAUCGACUUUGCCUGGCCUCAACGCAUGCGGGAGCCUCUUCGGUACCAAUUUCUCGACGUUCAGAUGAAGAAGCUACUGGCGGACGCGCAGGUCGAGCUUGAGCAUCUCACACAAGACAUGAAUCUUGAAAUUCAGCCGUAUGACCCCGAGUAUGAGGAGCGUCUUCGCAAGUGGCAGAUGGAGACAACCAAGGACGGCGCCACGUACACUGAGGCGCAGGAGGUUUGCGAGAAGAUGUUGAUCUUCUACGAGCUGGCAGCCAAGACUUUCAUCCGCAACACGAUUACUCAGGUUGUCGAGAGACACUUGCUGCAGGGCAUGUACAGCAUUUUCAACUCUGUCGAGAUUCUCGGCAUGCCCAGUGAGACGGUCGAGGCCAUUGCCGCUGAGAACAAGGAGACGCGUGAUCGCAGGAUGACGCUCAAGACGCAGAAGACUGCGAUUGAGGAGGCUCGCGACAUUUGCGCCAGUUUGGCUAUGCGUAAGGAGUUGAGAAUGUACGCUGAUGAAGAUCGCGAUUUGGAGGACAACAGCUCAGAUUCGGACGAGGACAAACCACGGCAGACAACAACGACGCGCAAGCCCGUCAACAAUACCGCCGCCGCGAGCACCAGUCCAAGCCGCGGAUCUCACCGCUCAACACGAUCCCGUGAUGAGCGCGAGGAGCGCCCGUCGACGAGAAAUCAGCCUGCCGCCGAGCCCGCGGCAACCAAUGGCAGCUACUCUUACAGCGGCCAGCAGGCGCCCGCGCAGGCUCCUCCCGUCCCGACCCAGCGACCGGAACGAGCCGAGCCCGCUCGGACAAACACCAGCACGUCCCAGUGGGAGGAGGAAGAGUACUACAGAGCUCCCUCGCAACAGGCUGCAGCGCCGGCCCAGGCACCUCCCCCGCCUCCUCGUCCCCAGAAGCUGAGGCCGGAAGACGCGGCGUCGGACGCGUACAGCCACCGUUCGCAGUCCUCCAUCUCGGAGCAGCAGCAUGCUAAUGGCUACGGAAGCUACUACGACGCUAACGAGCAUACACCCUCGUCUACUAGACGGGUGACUGCUAAGAAGCUGUUUGGCAGAGGCUGA